CGGUCGUGCACAAGCUAUUUGGUGAGGCGCUCAGGCCGUUGCCAUUCCCAUUCCCAUUCGUGGGGGUCACGGACAUUUCAAGUUCUUGACGGAAUCGUUCAGGUGCCUCGAGCGACCAAUUGCGGAAGGUCUGUACAAGGAUUCAACCAACAACAACAGUCGAGCCGUUCGCAUCAUUCGGCGGCCAUGGCCUGUCGGUGGUCACGUUUGCGGUUGAUUACCAGGAUAACGACUUAGCGCAAAGGCGUGAUCUUAAUCCUGCAUGACGAUGAUGCCUGUGCCCCCACUACUGUCUGGGGUCCCAAUACAGGAUUCUUGCAAGAUUCUGCAAGAUCUGCCAUGCUGCAGUGCCUGCCCAAAAAACUGGUCGUCCACAACACCAAGCUUCUUGGCCCGAUUUUAAGCUUUGUGGCACAUCUCGGCACUCUCAGUCCCUCACCCUGAUUGGAAUACCAAGAUCGCCAAGUUCAUUGACAAUGUCGCACCAAUCUUCACCCGAUCGGGUCGGAUACGACGAGAAGAAGAAUGCUCCAGACGAUGGCGGGAUUCGAGACGACCGAGACAAUCGACGGACCUCUGCCACCGAGGUACCAAACCCGACCGGCUGGUCGUCGUGGUUCGGCGGACAAGAUACCGUCGCUGGGCCGCGCAUCGGACCGGUCCUCAGCAGCAUCUCAAUCGGUACGAGCGACUCCGACACCGACCAGAGCAGUGCCGCCAUCCUGGACAAGCAGCUGGCCGACGACCUGGGCAGUGCUAUCAAAUACCGGACAUGCAGUUGGCAAAAAACAGCCGGAUUGCUCUUCUCCGAGUACAUUUGCUUGGCUAUCAUGAGCUUCCCCUGGUCUUAUAGCGUUCUUGGCCUUGUCCCAGGGCUGAUCUUGACCGUUGUAAUCUCUGGCAUCGUCCUAUACACAUCGUUGGUGCUUUGGGAAUUCUGUCUGCGUCACCCCGAGGUGCGCGAUGUCUGUGAUAUUGGCCAGAUGCUGUUUUGGAACAAGAAGUGGGCGUGGUGGGCUACGGCCGUCAUGUUCCUCCUCAAUAAUACGUUUAUCCAGGGUCUACAUGUCUUGGUCGGCGCAAAGUACCUUAACACCAUGACCGAAGCCGACGAGGUAGGAUGCCGAACCGUCAGUUUCGGCAUCGUCGUGGCCAUCAUCUGCUGGAUCUUCUCACUUCCACGGACCUUCGACAUGUUAUCCAAGAUCGGCACCGCGUCCGCCUUCUUUACCUUCAUCUCCGUCCUCCUAGCGACCGUCUUUGCAGCCGUCCAGUCGCACCCGGCGGGAUUUGACGUGCGCUCCAACUACACGACCCCCGCCGGCAUAGCAGCCAUCGGCGGAAACCCUAUCGUGACGGCCUCGCCGGUGCUUGGCACGACGAUCGUAAACGGCCUCGGUGCCUUUCUCAACAUCAGCUACACCUUCAUCGGCCAGAUCACCCUGCCUUCCUUUAUUGCCGAGAUGAAAGACCCCCGCGACUUCCCCAAGGCGCUCUGGGCCUGCACCAUCGCCGAGAUCAUCUUGUUUAGCGUCGUCGGCUCCGUCGUCUACGCCUACGUCGGCAACCAGUACAUGACGGCCCCGGCCUUUGGCUCGUUGCAGCCGCUGUUCAAGAAGGUGUCCUUCUCUUUCAUGAUACCGACCAUCAUUUUCCUCGGCGUGCUGUAUGCGUCGGUAUCUGCCCGCUUCAUCUUCUUCCGUAUCUUCCAGAACUCGCGUCACAAGAGCGAGCACACCCUUGUUGGUUGGGCUACCUGGGCGUCCAUUUUGCUUGCCACCUGGAUUUUGGCAUUCAUCAUCGCUCAGGUCAUCCCGUUCUUUUCGUCCUUGCUCUCUCUCAUGAGCUCGCUUUUCGAUAGCUUCUUCGGCUUUAUAUUCUGGGGCGUCGCCUACUUCCGGAUGCGCCAAGCAGACGGAAGCGUGGCGGUCGUGAAGGAGCACACCGUUGCCGGCUACCUGCUCGGGACGCUGAACGUUGCCAUCAUCCUGGUCGGUGUCUUCUUCCUCACCGUGGGCACGUACGCCACCGUCGAGAGCAUCAUCAUCGAGUUCGAGACCGGAGCGGUGAGGGGCGUGUUUUCUUGUGCGAGUAAUGGACUAUAGAGCGGGCACUGCAUGGGCUGUAGAAGCGUACCUUGGGUGCCAGGUAUCUAGUACCUACCAGGUACAUACCACCUACGAGACAAGACCGCCCCAUUUUGGACAGCC